ACGGGUCCGGGUGACCGUCGAUGAGGAGGGGAGACUGAUGGUCUUCACUCCCUCCUUUCGCCCACCACUUCUGUCCAGUCCCGGAGUUGAGGCCCAUCCCAUCACAAGAACCCCAUGGAUUCAGGAAACUUGAAGGCGUCGGACUUGGAGCGGAGGUUGUCGAGGAGGAGCUCAGUGAGGGUUUCGGUGCACGGAGGGGAAGAGGAGGGCUUUGAUUUCACCGCUGGCGCUAUCUCAGACGGGUUCAGGCCACCCGAGCCAUCGUCAUCCACAGUCGAGCCCGAGACGCCUGCGCUAGAAACAGUAUCCCCCGACUCUGCCAACCCCGUCGAGAACAAUUCUCCUUCAUUGCAGACUCGCCCUUCGAGCAUUGCGAAACACUCGAGGGCUGGCGAUUCGUUCUCCCUGCGGCAUGAUGGAGGCAUGGGUGCGAUCCAGGAAGCCGCGGCGUCACGGUCAUCGAGCGUGACGACUGAUACGGAGCCUUACAUCGCUACUGAGAGUCCUUAUCACGGGCCAUCCAAUCCCUCACACCCUUACCAAAUGUACCCGCAGAAUGUCAGAGUAGCGAGGACGUUGAGUGGAACGACGACAUCGACCGCGCCCGCACCCGAGUCUCCAUAUUCCGGUCCGGGUGGCCCAGCGCAUCCGUAUUCGAUGUAUCCUCAGGCAACGGUCAACGAAUCGAGCCCGGCCCCGGCCACCGUCAUCCCCGUCGGGUUUCCAGGCAUUGCGGACCCAUACCAACGUCGUAUUGGCCCCGAGGGAGAGGACGUGGGCGACAUCAUUGGGCCCGACGGUCACACAGAGCAGUUGCCGCCUUACACUAGAUACCCGGAUGAGCCAUUUGCUGCCAAGGUGGCCGUCGCGGGGCCAUCCACUGCCGCUCCGGCGCCAACAGCGGCGGCGCCUGCCCCGCUGGCAGUGCCUGAGACAAUUCCUGGGGCUGGCGGAAUUGGCUUAGCAACCAGGGAUCCCGAAUUCGAGUCUAUCGACGACCUCGAUUCUCCUAGGUCUCGAGAUUCGUGUAGGAGCUUCACGACAGAGGCUAGCAACCGGGCGAUCAACGAGACUGCCACAGGAAUAUCGGAGAAACAGAGACCGGAGAGGGGAAGCCUCUGGGGAAGACGGCGGUUAGGGGGCAUUGUACCGUACUGGGCAAUCUGUCUCACGAUCCUUGCCCUCCUCAUGAUGGGCGCCGUAUUGGGCUCGGUCAUGGGAACUUUCAUGGCAAAGCACAAGAAGCCGCCACAGCAUGGAGGCAACAACAACAAUAACGAACAUCCCUUGCCCUCGGUAACCAUCACAUAUGAUGCCACGCCUAUACCCACGCCAUCCGACCUCCCGCCGCUCGUCACCGGAACGUUCGGCAUGCCGCUGAUGAGCAGUAGAGUGUCGAGUGUUUGCUUCAACGACUCGCAGCUGUCCCAGGCCUGGAACUGCAACAUUCUCAUGUUCGCAGGCCUGACCAUGACCAUCGGGGAGAACCAGGUCACGCCCGAACUCGUGGAUUACACCAUCAGCCUGACGUGUAACGAGUCAUUCACUCUGUCGAGCCAUGUCUACAGCUAUGGCGAGCAGCCGCCACUUAUUCCGCUCCCGCUCGCCCUGGAGCUUGUCAAUGAUACCUUGGAGCCGGGGCGAGGACCCGCCUGGUUCAAGAUGGUGCCGUACAACAAAACUAUCAUCCUUCCCGAACCUGUGCUUGAACCACCCAACGGGCCUGCGGCAUCAACACAACCUCGUUCCUUUACCGCCUUUGGAGGCGGGCCCGGGGAUCUCAAGCGGAAGGGCACUGCACAGUCCGGCGACCGCCCCUGGAUUUGCACCUGGCCGGAAACCCUCCUUGAGAUCUUCAUCUACCCCAUGCAGAAUUCGAGCUGGAACAGGCCCCCUCCAACCGGGGCCUUUCCCGCCGGGCCCUUUCCAACCGAGAUGGCGUCGAUGGGCAGUUCGACUAUCCCAGGGGCCCCCGCCCCGACAGGCGAAAAUCCGUAUCAUGGUGAUGGUGGUGAUGGUGGUGCUGGUGGUGGAGAAGGUCCAUUCAUACCUCCUGCCUCUGCCCAGGGAGAUUAUUCCACCGCAACCACCGAUAUUCCACCCCUUGAUACUAGCCACUUCGACUUUCCGCUUCCACUUCCACCGUAUCCGAAGGUCGUCAAGUUGGAGGAACGUCGUACUGCCGGUUCGCCGACAGCAACGUGCCGACAAGUCGAAAUAGUAGCCGACGACCAGCCUGCCCGCCCCGUCAAGGAUGCUAAUGGGAAUGAUGUCGUCAUCUAUAUUAUCGAGAAUUCGCCGACGCCUCAAACCGAAUCAUCGAAAAUAGCCGUCGACAAUGGAUACCGCCACAACGGCAACCCUCUUCUUCACCGAGACAGCAGUAGCGAUUUAAGCGACUGCGGUUGUAUGUGGUUCAUUACUUGAGAAGCUUUCGGGGCGCCUUUGAGCCCCGUUACGCCGUUCUUGUCAACCGCCACGAGGUGCGACAGAUAAAAAAAGGGGUAUUUUUUUUUUUUUUUUUUUUUUUUUUUUUAAUUGGCUCGAGAUCCUGCGAGUUACUAUUGGCGUUCAGAAACGGAAU